AUGGUGAAUAUCGAAUCAUCGCCAACGGCAUUAGCGAAUGAAUUUUUAUCAAAGUUAAGAAAGAAAGGAAACGAUGAAUUUCGAAUUAAAAUUGCACAUCAACUUUAUAAUUAUAUUAAUGGCGAUCUACGUGAUAAUAAUGCUCGUUAUAUCGACCAGUUUAUAUCAACAUUUGAUGCAAACAUGGAUCAGGUUAAUGCUCCUUAUCCCAUUUGUGUAUGUUUGGUCGAAACUGAAGGUCAAGAGGAGUCAAAAAGAGUACCACGUUUUGCGAAAUAUUUACUAAAAGUUCUAACAAGCAGCGAUGAAACAGUGAUUAAAUUAGCAGCGAGAGCUAUUGUCUAUCUUAUUCAAACAUCGAAGACAUUUGCCGUUGAACUUGUUGAGAAAUCACUUAAUCAAGUCUGUGAAUGGUUGGAAGAAGCUGAACGCAAUGAAUUGCGCCGAUUAGCUGCUGUGUUUCUUGCUCGGCAAUUAGCACUUUAUACCUCAACUUCAUUCCUUCUUCGAGCAUCGACUUUUUUUAAUAAUAUUUUUCGAAUAAUACGUGACCCUAAGGUUCAUGUACGUAUAGCAGCAACGAAAGCUUUGCGAGCCGUUUUAGCCGUAACAUCUCAAAGAGAAGCAAGGCAGAAAUCAGAAUGGUAUAAGCAUUGUUAUGAGGAAGCAAUAUCUUGUUUAUCAUACGAUGGUUUGAAUCGUGAUGAAAGAUAUCAUCCUACUCUACUGAUACUGAAUGAAAUUUUACGUAUAAGUGAUGCCGAAAUUGAAUGUAUUCGUAUCAAAUCACUCGGCCGUGAACCUGAGCAAAACAUUCGGACUAUUAUAGAUUCCCAACCAGUUGAUUGGCUCACCGAACAAACUUUCUUUCGUACUGCUGAUAGUGAAACAGCGAGAAAUCUUGUGUUUGAAAAUUUUAAAAAGAUUUUUGAAGUAUGUAAUCGCGCGGUUUCUAAUCGUUUGCUUUACUGUCAGUCGACUUUGCUUGAGAUAUUCCCUCGUUUGUUUUCCUUUCAUCAAACAUAUUAUAAGGAAGAUUUAGUAGGAUUAACGCUUGAUCCAUUUCCUAUAUAUGCGUAUUUUAUUUCCUUAAUUCCUAAACAUCCAUCGGCCUUGUUGUCUAUUGGGUUGUUAGUAUUUAAAAGAUCAGAAGAACUGGAAUCUUCAAUCAGCAAACUGCUUAAUGUGAUUCAACAACUAAUUCAUUCUGCGAAUAGCAAGUAUUUAUAUUUUUUUACUGUAUUUUUUUUACUAUUGGAAUUAAAAGAUUUAUUUGGUGUUGGCACUUUCAUUUCAUUAUAUAUUUCUGAAUUCAGACGGAGGUCCUUGGAUAACAAUGUUUUCAUUUGUUUGGUUUUGGUGGUACGUGCAUUAAAAAUGAAAAUUGAGCAGCAAAUGCGAGAUUUGUUACCACUGUUAUUUUCCACUUCAUUAUCUAAGGGAUUAACUGAUGUAGCAGACGAAAUAAUGCAAAAUAUUCCUGGUCUUAAAACUGAGGUGCAGGACUAUUUAUUGAAAGAACUUUAUCAAAUGCUCUUAAAUCAGAAGUUUCCAAGUAAAUUGGAUCCACCAACACCACCUCCUUUGCCGUCCGGUCCUGUUGUUAUAAAUAAUCCCACGUUAAUUAUACUGGCUUUAUCGACUCUUGGUCGUUUUGAUUUUCAACGUCAUUCUCUGCAGGCAUUUUUGAAGUAUAUAGCUCAUGGGCAUUUGGUUUGUGAAUGUGUUCAGGUCCGUUUAGCAGCUGUCAAAUGUUGCUCAAAAGUUUUGCUUCCUUUUGUGAAAAUAUUUCAAUUAGGCGGGAGAAAACAAAGGCAAGAAGUGCUCAAUUUGAUCCAUUCAGUUAUCAAGCAAUUAGUUUCCGUUUCCGUCGUUGAUACAUGUAAACUGUUUUCGGUGUUAGUUCUCAGUGAGAUUAUAAAUAAUGAUUUAUCCUUUCCCAAAGGCAUGAAGAAGGAGUUGAGAAUGAGACAAGGCACUGGUACCGUAUUGGAUGCCGCGGCGGAGGUUCGAAUUAGUGUUAUACGAGCAUUUAAAGAAGCAGACGAAUCUUUUUUGUCUCAUUUAGCACAGGCAGAAAUAGCUGAACUUAUCUUUAUGAGCUUAUAUGAUGAAAAAUUGGAGAUUCGUGAGGAAGUUGUUGUUUUAUUAAUGAAGCUUGGAGAAUUUAAUCCAGGUUUUGUUAUGCCUCGUCUGCGAGAAGUGCUUUUAGAAACUCUGUCUUUAUUAAUGAACAGUCGUGUUGGAAGAUUGGAAGAACAUAGUGCUUGCCUUAUCACUCAUAUUGCGAAACAAAGGCCUAUGUUUGCUCGCCCAUAUAUGCGUUUGAUUUUAAAUGCAGUUAUUCCUAAAUUGCGUGCGGAUUUACGAUCCGUUGAUGUCACCGUGCAGGUUUUAAAUGCUCUCAGUGAAUUAGCUAAGGCUGGUGGCGCUGAUUUGGUAAUAGCGAUCCCGACUCUUUUCGGAGCGUUAGUUCAGUUUUUACAGGAUUCUAGCAGCAUUGUUAGACGAGAGGUCGUAUUUUAUUUCCGCAACUUAUUUUUCUUUAUCGCUUCGAGUUUUUCUUCUGCAGCUCUCCGUACUCUUGGUCAUCUUUGUCAAAAUACUGCCUAUGUAGUGGAUCCUUACAAGGAUUACCCCGAACUUCUUGACGUUCUUUUAAAAUUGCUGAAAACAGAAAUGAGUAUUUCAAUGCGUCAUACUAUUAUGAGGGUUUUGGGUAUAAUCGGUGCAUUAGAUCCUUUUACCCAUAAAGUAUACACAGGGAAAGUACAAUCAAUCGCCUCCAAUUCCAGAAACUUGUCACUUCCCAUGAUAACUGCUUCUGUGGAUGUAAGCAAUGAUAUUAUUCAGUGGUUUCAUUAUGAACGCUUUACUCUGGCAGAAUUUUACCCAGAAUUGGCUAUCGCAAGUCUUGUAGAAAUGCUAAAUGAUGUUACUCUUUGUCAUUUAUAUAAGAGUAUAAUACAACCAUUAUUAACAGUUUUAAGCAGCGUGGGGCCAAAUUAUGCAUCCAAAGUGAAUAAGAUAGCUCCUCGACUUCUUGAUAUAGCUAGUUCAUCAACGCAAUCUGAUCUUCGGCAAUAUUAUCUUCAACAAAUAGCAAAACUUACUGCGAUUGUUAAGACUGAUAUGAAACCGUACAUAUCGAAAUUAUUUUCUCUUAUUUCGGAUAUUUGGUGCGAUGACACUUCCAUAAAAUUAACUAUUAUAAAUGUUAUGGAUCAAAUCGGUGUUGCUCUUGGAUCUUCAUUUGCUUCACAUGUUGCUGAUUUAUGUCCAUAUAUAUUGAAAGUUAUCCAAUAUGAUCGAACUUAUGAAAAGUCGUUAACUCUUGCGGUAUUUUCUUGCAUUCAGUCGAUAUCACCGUGUCUUGGCUCAUAUCUUAAUCUUAUACUACAUCCAGUUCUUUCUAUACUUGAUGAUGGAUCGAUAAAAAUUGAUGUGCGAUUAUCAGCAUUAGAAACGAUAUGUCAUAUUAGUGAAAAUGUCUACCUCAGAGAUCAUGCUUCUUCUAUUAUGCAAAUAUGGAUGCGUGUGAUUUCAGUUCAUGCUCUUCAGCAGAAAUUGUUGCAUUUACUUGUUUCUCUUGUUAAACAGAUGUGGAAACAUUUUUUGGUGUUUCGAUCAACUGUGGACCAAGCUCUAGCUAAAUAUGAACUGAAAUGCGACGAAUAUAUUAUACUGACAAGCAGGCUGGAUGAUGACUGUACGGUUGCACCAACUCUUCCUGAUGGUUUUUCACCAAAUCGGUUGCCUUCAGCAUUGAAAGCUUCCGCUCUAGUUCGAUCGGAGAAGGGCCAACGAAUUAAUUUUGAUUUAUUAAAGAAAAUUUGGAAUACCUCACAGCUUGUUUCAAAAGAAGAUUGGGAUAGUUGGCUUGGCUUACUUCGUACACAGUUUAUACGACAAAGCCCAUCGAUUGCCAUUCGUGCAUGUGCUCCACUUGCAGAUGUCCAUUUGCAGCUUGCCAAAAACUUAUUUAACGCAGCGUUCAUGUCAAUAUGGACUGAGUUAGAGCCUUAUCAACAGUCAUUUUUGGAAACCAAUUUGAAAAAUAUUCUUGAUACUACUGAUCAUCAAGAUAUUAUACAAACAAUUUUAAAUCUAGCAGAAUUUGUAGACCACUCUGAAAAGGGACCUUUGCCAGUUGGGAAUGAACGUCUCAGUAAAUAUGCCGAAAAAACACAUGCAUAUGCAAAAGCACUCCGUUAUACCGAACUCAAUAUUCGAGAAAGAUUGAGAAAGUUGGAGUCUUAUGUAAAUGAUGAUUCGAAACAAGAUGCGGAAUAUUGCAAGGCAUUAAUAAAGCUUUUUUCUAGAUAUGCUAAUAAACUGAAUGUGCAAGAAGAAGCUGCUGGUGUUGUGGCUUUUGCUAGAAAACACAAUAUUGAGAUAUCGAUUGAAGGAAGAUGGUACGAAAAAUUAAAUGAGUGGGAAAAAGCACUCGAGGUCUAUGGUAAAGAGAAAAGUAUAAGUGAUGAGAUAUAUUUUCACCAAAUGCACUGUAUGGAAAUGCUUGGUCAGUGGCAAGAAAUCAAUGACUUGGGAAAACAAUUAUUUACUGGAAAUAGGAAGCUGGAUCCUGUUUAUAAACAGAAAAUGGCUGUUGUUGCUGCUCGAGGUUGUUGGGCAAUUGGUAAUAAGUUAUGGGAAAAUUCUCUUUUAGGAACUGAUAGAAUAUUCUUCACCAUUUUCCAGAAUUGCAUAUUACUUUAUGCACUAAAAUUUUCACCAAAGUUUUUGUAUUAUUCUCGUACAAAAUUAUUUUUUCUAAUUUUAGGUGAUUGGGAUUUAAUGCCUUCGUAUGUCGAAAAACUGAAUGCGAAUCAUCAAGAUGGCGCUUUUAUGAAGGCUGUAUUGGCGAUACAUAAUAAUAAAUUCGAUGAAGCUCAAGAUUAUAUCAACAAAGUCCGCGAUAUAUUUGAUGCUGAUUUAACAGCGAUGGCAUCUGAAAGUUAUGAAAGAGCUUACGGAGCCAUGAUUCUUGUUCAGCAACUAACAGAAUUAGAGGAGGCGAUUGAAUAUAAAAGAUGGCCUGACCGCCGUUCUCGAAUAAGUGUAACCUGGAGUCGAAGAUUACAGGGCUGUAGAAAAAAUAUUCAACAAUGGCAACAAAUGCUUCUUGUAAGAUCUACAGUUUUAUCAGUGAAUGAGAUGAGACCAUUAUGGAUUAAAUUUGCCUCUCUCUGUAGACGUCAGAAUAAAUUGGAUAUGUCGCGUCGCGUAUUGACGAAUUUACUUGGUGUUGAUAAGGAAACCCAAUUAAACGAAAUACCCAAUUUGCCUUUGGAUAAACCUGCAUUGUUAUUAGCUAUUUGCAAGCAGCUGUGGAUUGAGAAACAUUAUAAUCAUGCACGUACAACUCUGGAAAAAUUGGUUACAAGCAUGGAUCAUGACAGAGCAAUGAUCAAAGCGAAUGCAGAAUUAAGUCAUAUUGCUGCUAAGUGUUGUCUAAAUUUGGGUGAUUGGGAAGAAAUAAUGUCAUCACGCAACACACAACAGUUUCUGCCUUCAGCUCCUAUAACAUUUCCUCCUUUUAUGAAUUCUCUUCAUUCCAAUAUCCAUUCUAAUGUCAUGCCUGUGCAUCCAGUUUUUCCUAAUUUUCAUAUGGGUGUUAUUGUUUCUGGUCCAAUGAUAAUACCAACUAUUCAUAGUCAGCCUAUAAAAUACUAUACAAUCGCUUGUAAUUUCGAUCCCAAUUGGUUCAAAGCUUGGUAUAAAUUGGCGACAGCAUAUUAUAAUUCUUCACUGUGCCUGUCGAAAGAUGAGCAAACAUCGCCAAUUUUACUGGAGCAGUCGGCAGUUCCGAUUGCUGCACCUGUUUGUGAAAGCAUGGUAUACUAUGCAAUACAGGCUGUAAAAUGUUUUGUUAAAACUCUGGUACUUGCUCAGGGGUCUCGACUUCAAUAUAUCCUUCGUUUUUUAUCAUUAUGGAUUAAGCAUGGUGAUAACAAGGAAGUUUUCGAAAAUAUUCGUGAAUCAAUAAAAAUAUUACCAGUUGAAAUAUGGCUUGAGGUUGUGCCGCAGCUGAUUUCACGAUUGGAUUCGGAGAAAAAUGUUAUUCAACUUAUUAAAAAAGUUCUUAUUGAUCUGUCUAAAGCCCAUCCACAGUCCCUUCUUUAUGCUCUGACACUCGCAGCACGCUCUGGUAAUGCACGACGAUCCAGUGUGGCAGUUGAAAUAUUGAUUUUAAUGAGUGAGGAUAAACAAAUCCUAGUGGACCAAGCUAAAUUGGUAACUGAUGAGCUUAUUCGAUGCGCAAUAUUAUGGCAUGAACAAUGGCACGAAGCGCUUGAUGAAGCAUCUAAACUAUACUUUCAAGAAAAUAAUCCUGAGGCCAUGAUUGAGCUGCUUCAGCCUUUGCAUGCGCUGCUUGAGAAGGGUGCAGAGACAUCAAAAGAGCAAUCUUUCAAACAGACUUACGAAAACGAGCUGAAAGAAGCGUGGAAUGCUUGUCAAGCUUAUGUUCGUCACACCAGCGAUGCGAAAGUCCUAACACAAGCUUGGGAUCUCUAUUAUACUGUUUUUCGAAAAAUAACUGCUCAGCUUCGUCAGUUAUUAUCUCUCGAUUUAAAUCAUGUCGCUCCAAGAUUACUGAAGGCGCAGUAUCUUCAGUUGGCUGUUCCAGGGACCUACGAUCCCAAUCAACCACUAGUAACGAUUGCAUCGGUCGGAAAUCAUUUACAAAUUAUAAGCUCAAAGCAAAGGCCGAGAAAAGUUGUUAUUAAAGGAAGUGAUGGGAAAGAUUACAUGUUCCUACUCAAAGGGCAUGAAGAUCCACGGCAGGAUGAAAGAGUAAUGCAACUCUUUGGGCUCGUCAAUACUCUUUUAUUGAAUGAAUCUGAUACCUGUCGUCGAAAUUUAACAAUUCAACGUUAUUCUGUUAUCGCUUUGAAUCAGAACAGUGGACUAAUUGGGUGGGUACCUAAUUGCGAUACUUUGCACACCUUGAUUCGUGAUUAUCGUGAAAAAAAGAAUAUAUUAUUAUCUUUAGAGCAUAAAUUAAUGCAGGCGUUUGCCACAGAAGUUGAUCAGCUUACUGUGUUACAGAAAGUGCAGGUAUUUGAACAUGCUCUACAAAUGACUCCUAAUAAAGGAAACGAUCUCCAAAGAAUAAUAUGGUUGAAAUCACCUGACUCGGAAGUUUGGUUUGAUCGACGCACCAAUUAUACUCGUUCAUUGGCUUGCAUGUCGAUGGUGGGAUAUAUUCUCGGUGUUGGAGAUAGACAUCCAUCGAAUUUAAUGUUGGAUCGGAUCAGUGGGAAGAUAGUGCACAUUGAUUUUGGGGAUUGUUUCGAAGUUGCAAUGAAAAGAGAAAAAUUCCCAGAGAAAAUACCUUUUCGACUUACUCGCAUGCUUAUUCAGGCGAUGGAAGUAACUGGCAUAGAAGGUAAUUAUCGCAUCACGUGUGAACGAGUUCUCCGAGUCCUUCGUUCCAAUCGGGAAAGUCUGCUUGCAGUUCUUGAAGCAUUUGUAUAUGAUCCUUUGAUAGCAUGGAGGCUUAUUGAUGGCAAUAGACGUCCUCCACCAGAGAAAGAACAACAACAUUUAGAUAGUCAAACUGAUUUGAAAACUGGUAACCAAGUUUCAUUACAUCCGAUAGCCCAACAUUCAUUACAAAGGAUUCAGCAUAAAUUGACUGGUAAAUUCAACAUUUUAUUUUUUUCCGCUGAUAUUUUAGGAAAGGAUUUUUCAUCAAGCGUUGAGUGUUCAGUGUCGGAACAGGUCACAAAAUUGAUAGAACAAGCGACACAUCCAGAAAACCUGUGUCAAUGUUACAUUGGAUGGUGUCCGUUCUGGUGA